AAACUACCAACAUAACAUGUGAUAAAUCAAAGCAAAACUUGAAGCAAUUUAAGGUUAAGAGUAUGUACAUUAUUUGCUCUAUUGACAUAGUGAAGGAACAUAGGUACAUUCAAGUGUUAAAGGUUUGGGAUCUAUUGCCACUAGUGGAAGUUCAAGAAUUGGUAAAUCGUCUUGAUACUAUCUUUCUUACAUACACUGACGAUUUUAUUAGGCGUUGCAAGGUUAAACAUAAUGAGGGGUAAGGCCAUUAUCUACUACACUUGAAAUGUAUAAUUUUGUUUCUUUUCAAUAAAAAAAAUGAUAUAUAUGUAUAUAAGUAUUUUGGUUGUUUGUAGGGAUUUGGAAAUUCCUAUGAGUUGGGAAACCUCUUGUGGUAUUGUUCGCGAUAAGAAAUCUAUACCAGGAGAAGCAGAAGUAGAGGUUUCACAAGUGAGUGUUGGUUUGUUGCAGAUGAAAUUCUAUGCCUUGUCCUCAGGAAUGGUGGAUCAAUUGCUCUCUAGCUGUGAUGGUACAGAGCUAGUAUUGCCCUUUGAAUUGACUAGCCAAGAAAUGGAGAUUAUAAACUUUGACAAAACCUCUUUUGUUCUUGGGAGAUCUGGAACUGGCAAAUCUACUGUUAUAGUAAGAAAGUUAGUCCAAAGAGAGCAGUUACAUCAUAUAGCUUUGGAAGGUUUUCAUGAAUCCAAUGUGUGUUCAUUAAGGGAACAUGGAAUAGUAGAUGAUGAAAAGGUUAGCAAUGCCGACGAGAAUUUUCUUCGCCAGAUUUUUGUAACACUUAAUCCAAGGCUGUGUUAUGCUGUUAAACAGCAAGUUUCGCGUUUGAAAAGAUUUGCUUAUUAUGGUGGGAAUUCUAUUGAAGAUAGCAGCUUUGUUCCUUUAGAGUAUAUCGAUUUUAUUCCAGAUUCCUUUCUUGAUCUUCCUCGAAAGGAAUACCCUCUUGUCAUAACAUUACACAAGUUCCUCAUGAUGCUGGAUGGAACAAUAGGCAAUUCAUUUUUCAACAGAUUCCCAGAAACUAGAGGCCAAUAUUUUCGAAAUAAAAGAAGUAGAAGAAAAUUAAUGGCCUUGGAAAGUUUUAUCAGAUUGAAUGAAGUUAAUUUCAACAAAUUUAUUAUAUCUUAUUGGCCUCACUUCAAUAUGGACUUAACCAAUGGAUUUGAACCAUCUCAAGUGUUCAUAGAAAUAAUGUCACAUUUGAAAGGAGGGUUGAAAUCUGGGAAUCUUUCUGAUGGUAAUCUCAGUCAGAAAGAUUACAUUUUGAAAAGUAACAGCAGAGUUUCAAAUUUCAGCAACGAUGAAAGAAAGAAAAUAUAUGACAUUUUUCUACAAUAUGAAAAGUUGAAGACUGUUAAUGGUGAAUAUGAUUUGGCUGAUCUGGUUUGCGAUCUUCAUUAUCGAUUCAAUGGCGAAACAUAUGAGGGUGACAAAUUGGAUUUUGUGUAUAUUGAUGAAGUGCAGGAUCUAACUAUGGGACAGAUUGCACUUUUUAAGUACAUAUGCAAAAAUGUGGAUGAUGGUUAUGUUUUUUGUGGUGAUACAGCACAGACCAUUGCAAAGGGAGUUGACUUUAGAUUCGAGGAUAUACGGUGUCUUUUCUAUAGGGAAUUUUUAUAUGGGAAAGGAGAAAAAGGCCUUAUCACAGACAUAUUUCAAUUGAGUCAGAACUUUAGAAGUCAUGCUGGUGUAUUGAACUUGGCUCAGAGUGUCACUAAUCUUCUAUAUCAUUUCUUCCCACUCUCGAUUGAUGUAAUGCGCCCCGAGACAAGUCUGAUUAAUGGGGAAACUCCACUGUUGGUUGAAGUGCACGGCGAAAAUGAGUUUGCUUCUAUGUUCAAUGAUGGAGAAGGUGGGAAGCUUGUUGGUUUUGGAGCUGAGCAAGCCAUCUUAGUUAGAGAUGACAACACAAAGAAUGAGGUUUUAAAGUAUGUUGGAAAACAUGCUCUUGUUCUAACAAUAUCAGAAUGUAAAGGCCUUGAGUUUCAGGAUGUGUUGCUUUAUAACUUUCUUUCUUCAUCACCAAUCAAAAAUCAAUGGAGAGUCAUAUAUGAGUUUAUGAAGGAGCACAAUAUAAUUUCCCAUGAAGUUCCAACAUCUUUACAUAGUGUCAAUGAGGCCAAGCACAGUCUUCUGUGUUCUGAGUUAAAGCAAAUAUAUGUUGCUGUUACGCGUACUAGGAAAAGGUUGUGGAUUUUUGAGAAUGAGCUCUCACAUCCCAUGUGUGACUAUUGGAAGGAACAGAACAUUGUUAAAGUUAGAGGGCUUGAUCAUUGUCUCAUGAAGGAGAUCCAAGUUGCAAGCAGCUUCGAAGAGUGGAGGUCCCGAGGCAUGAAGGUUAUUACAACAUCAUCAUCAUCAAUUAUGCUCUACUUUCAACUGUUAUUUACUUUCUUUACUAUUGCUUUUAGGCUUGAAAUUCUACCUUUAAUGUUAUUUGUGUUCUCAAUGCAGUUUUUUCAUGGACAAAAUUAUGGGUCAGCCACAAUGUGCUUUGGUAGAGCAGGAGAUGAAUUAUGGGAAAAAAGGGCUGAAGCAGCCGAGCUUCGCACGGUUGCUUUGUGUAUGAGUGGUUCAAAUAGUAAACUGGUUGAUACAUAUCUCAGAAGGGCUGCUGAAAUAUUUGAAUCCAUUAGUCUAUAUGAACAAGCUGCCCAAUCUUAUUAUGAUGCAAAAGAAUACAUAAAAGCAGGUGAAAUUUAUUUAAGAAAAUGUGUUAAGUACGAAGAAGCUGGAGAAAGCUUUUUUCGAGCAGGAUGGUAUAAGCACGCUGCUUCAGUAUAUGCAAAAGGAAACUUAUUUGGUAACUGUUUGGAUUGCUGCAUUGAAGGAAAGAUAUUUGAGAUUGGAUUGAGCUACAUCAUAUCUUGGAAAGAAGAUGCAACUGUGAAUAAUUAUGCAAUAGAAGAAACUUCUCAGGAGUUUUUGGAGCAUGCUGCUUGUUAUUACAUCAAACUCAAUGACCGAACCUCGAUGAUGAAAUUUGUGAAUGCUUUUCAUUCUAAAGAUUUGAUUCGUUCUUUCUUAAGAAAUGAGCAUUUUCUUGAAGAGCUUUUUCAAUUAGAAAUUGACUGGGGUUGCUCUAUGAAUGCUUCGAAUAUAGCAAAGCAGCUAGGAAUGACACUAUUUGGGGCUGAACAAUUAGAAAAAGCUAAACAUUAUGAAGAAGCAUCAUUACUUCUUCUGUUCCAUGUACAUGAAAAAUCUCUCUGGGGUCCCAUGAGUUCUGGCUGGCCUUUGAAGAAUUUUCGGGAAAAGGAUAAGCUUCUAGAAAAAGCUAAGCAAUUAGCCAAGAAAGUUUCACACAACUUCUUUGAGUUGGUCUCCACAGAGGAGAACAUUCUUUCAGAUCAAAAAGUGUCAUUGUCUAUGCUGAAGAAAUUGUUUAAAGACUCCUGUAGACUUUCCAGCUUUAGAGGUCAGAUAUUCUGUGCUCGAAAGAUUCUCGAUGUUCAUGUGACAUAUGAUUGCUGGACAAAUAUAAGGCAAGAGAAUUAUGUUACAUAUCCAACAGAAAAUGCAGAGAAAAUUUUGUCAUUAGAUCAAGUUUCUGUUGGAUCUUUGUUUUACUUUUGGAAUGUGUGGAAGCAGAAUAUUGAAAGAAUAUUGGAGUAUCUCGAGAUUGGAUGCAAAAAUGACAACAUAUAUGGCAAGUUCUGCUUGGACUACUUUGGUGUGAUUAUAAGUGAUGAAGAUAUCGUCCGUUUGGUUAUUCCUGGUGCCUCUGCCUACUUGGAGAAACAAAAAUUUGUCGAAAAUUUGAAUCGAAGUGAAAAGACUGUGAGCUCAGACGCUGACCAAUUUGCUCAUGCUGCUAAAUGUUAUUGGAAUUUGCAAAUGGUUGAUGUUGGAACUAUGGUAUUAGGAAAGCUCAGAGAUGUUUCUCGGACCUUGGAACGGAAAUCGUUCUACCCCUAUUGCCAGUUGAUGCCACUCUUUUAUAUGUUUAAACUGGCAAAGUUUCUGUUGAAGUAUCCACAUAAAGAGUUCUGUGACCACCUUGAUUUCUCCAGGAAAAAUAUUGUUUUGACUAUUUGUUCCAUGGACCGGAGAAAGCUCUCCACAUUGGGAAUGAUUCGCCUGAGGGAGACGGAAGAUGUAAAGAAUUUGCUUGAAGAUGUAAUUUUUCGAAGUACUAGUAUGAAUAUGAAUACCGAGCUCACUUAUAAACAAGUUGGAAAUGUGGCUAUGAUGGUUACUAGCUGCUAUGGAAAACUUCAUGAUGAAACAUAUAGGCAGAUAUCUCUUAGCUUUGUCAACUAUCCAUUCUGGAAAUCAUGGAUUGAAAGUUUUCAGAAAAUAGGAUUUGAAUCCUCACAAGUCUCAUUGGUUCAAAAGUUCUAUGAAGCAUUGCAGCAAACUUACUAUGCUGACUCUUUCGGGGAAAGUCAAUAUGUACCACCGAGUUGUUUCAUGUACAUCGUGGAGCGCCUUCUGAUUCUGAUAUUCCAAUUCAAAGGGUGUUUUUUCUCAGUCAAAUCUUCUCUACUUGAAUGUCUCAUAAACCAGGAAUGGAAUAUGAAUGCCUCACACAUCUCUGAAGAUGACUGGCAAAACAAAUUUGGUGGUACUCUUGAUACCAUUGCAGCCAUUGUUGCUGAGCUUCUUUAUAACAAAGGCGAUCUCAUGAGAUGGUUUAAAGGUUCUAAUAAACUCAGAAAGGCAUGUAAUCGAGAACUAGUGCUGAGAUUGUUUGUUGCUCUAUGCCUACUCUGUGUGAACUGUGGAAAGUACUAUGAAUCACUCUUUGAAUUGCUUGGCAUGAGUGACAUUACUUCUCUACUACCAAAUCAGUUCUAUGCUGUUCAAAAUCUGAAACCAGGAAACUUUGAUGAAAAUAUUUGUGUUCUUGCACAAGCUUUCGAAAGAAUUGGGAACCCUUUAGUGGUAGUGAGCUCAGGAACACAUUUCAUUGAGUCUAAACUCCCUGCAAGCACCAUCUUUGUGGACCUGGAACUUCAUAAAGGAAGAGAUGAUUUGAUUAGGAUAAUGUUUAAAUGAUGUAAUUGUAUGGUUUAUGUGCUUGAACUCAAUCAUUUUGCUGUUAAAGGCCAUGUUUUCAUCAAUUUUGAAAAUUGCAACAUUGUUCUAUUCUGCUCCAUUUUCUCUUCUUAAAUCAUUUCAGAUCAGUAUUAUAUUACAAUAAUUGUUUUUUUAAAUUAUAUUUAUGCUUAUGUAUAUAUUUUAAAUCAUUGAUUUGCAUAUAUCUCUUGGUAUAUUAAAUCAUUUUUUUUUUCCUCU